CUCCACGGUGGUCGGGCAGGCGCGAGGACGCGUCGAACGGGAGGACUCCGCGGACACCAUGCGACUCCUCACGGCGCUCACAGUGUUGGCAGUAGUGGCGAGCACGCAGGCCUUCUUCGGCAGCCUCUUCGGCUUCGGCAAGAGGGGCCACGGCGGCUACGGCGGCGGCUACGGCUACGGCGGGGGCGGCCAUGGCUACGGCGGAGGCGGUCAUGGCUACGGCGGCGGCAGCCACAGCUACGGCGGAGGCGGGGGUCACCACAAGGGCGGGGGUCACCACAAGGGUGGAGGUCACCACAAGGGCGGAGGUCACCACAAGGGUGGAGGUCAUGGCAGUGGUUACAUCCAAGUGAGGCCAUCGCAUGGUUACGGUCCGCCCCGCCCCAGCUACGGCCCGCCCAAGGCCAGCUACGGCCCGCCCAAGGCCAGCUAUGGCCCGCCUAAGCCCAGCUACGGUCCGCCCAGGCCCAGCUACGGCCCGCCUAAGCCCAGCUAUGGUCCGCCCCGCCCCAGCUACGGCCCGCCCAAGCCCAGCUAUGGCCCGCCUAAGCCCAGCUACGGUCCGCCCAGACCCAGCUACGGCCCACCAGCGCCCAGCUACGGCCCGCCGGUGACUCCCUCCAGCGGCCUACGGAGCCCCUCACGGACACGGAGUCGGGCGGUGGACAUGACGGUGGACACACCGGGGGCGGAUACAGCGGAGGUGGACACAGUGGAGGAGGACACGUUGAAAGUGGACACACCGGGGGCGGAUACAGCGGAGGUGGACACAGUGGAGGAGGACACGUUGAAAGUGGACACACCGGGGGCGGAUACAGCGGAGGUGGACACAGUGGAAGUGGACACAGUGGAAGUGGACACGGUGGUGUCAUCAGCGGUGCUUACGAGGCUCCGCAUCCGCAGAUCAUCACAGGCUCCGGUGCCUGUCUCGAUUCACGAGAUCCAGGCUCCCGACCUCAGCCAAAGCUACGCCCCUAGCGGCCGAGUGCCACAACCUGUGACCCAGUCACUGGGCCCCGUGAUCGAGGUUGGCGUGGACCAAUCCUACAGUGUUCCGGUCCAGACCGUGGACCAAUCCUACAGUGGUCCAGUCCAGACCGUGGACCAAUCCCUCAGUGGUCCGGUCGAGACCGUGGACCAAUCCUACAGUGGUCCAGUCCAGACCGUGGACCAAUCCUACAGUGGUCCAGUCCAGACCGUGGAUCAAUCCUACAGUGGCCCGGUUCAGACCGUGGACCAGUCCUACAGUGGUCCGGUCCAGACCAUCGAUCAGUCCUACAGCGGCCCCGACCAAGUCGUCGGCACGGGAGGCUCCAUCGACGGCGGAUCGACGGUGAUCGGCGUGUCGACUAACGUCAUCGACGGCGGAUCGUCGAUCAUCGACGGCGGAACGUCGAUCAUCGACGGCGGAACGUCGAUCAUCGACGGCGGAUCGUCGGUUGUUGAUGGAGGAUCGUCGAUUGUCGACCAGGGCUCGAUUUCCGGUGGCCAGAUCUACUCGGCUCCCCAGCAGCAGCAGCUGGUGACGCCUAGCGUUUCGCUUGGCCUGCCAUCUGGUGGCAGCGGUGCGAACCUCAACAGCGAUUACGGUCCCCCGUCCGACUCGUCGAUCAUUCAGCUGCCGGUGAAUGAUGCCAUCGACCCCGUGUUCGUGCGGAGUAACCUGCCCCAGGCGGGACCGGAUGGGGCGCCUCUCAUCGGUGACAUCGGCGUGGCGGGUAACUUCCAGUAGACGGUCCGGACGGACUCCGCGCACAGGGCAGAGGUGCGAGCUGGUCGCUUAAGGUUGGAGUCUCCGUCCCUGCGCGCCUGGCUUCUGCAGCUGCUGCACAGGCACAAUCUCAGCUGCUGUAUAGGCACCUCAGCUGCUGUACCGGUACAACCUCAGCUGCUGAACAGGCACCUAAGCUGCUGUGCCGAUACAACCUCAGCUGCUGUACAGUCUCAGCGCAUUUGCAGCAUUGUAGCUGUAAGACAGUCUCGAAGUUCGCACCCCCAGCCAUUGUACCUCAGCCCUUGUGUACAGCCACGUGACAUGUACGGCAGCCAUUGUACGCUGCAUGUGCCGCAUCACGUCCCGUGCUGACUCGGCCUGGCACACAG